AGUUCGCGCCGCGCCGUCCCGAUCUCGGCUGCCAAGCGCGUCGCGCCGGAAUCAUGCCUCUGUUCUCAGAGCAUAUCGCUAACAUAUAUUAUGGUGGUUCCCCGUCAUACAGUGCACCUUAUAGUAGUUACUCCAGUUCAGUGUCACCCCUUGGAUCUUCAUACAGUGCAUCGUACCUCAACCCCGGUGGAAACUACAGUACUCACUCUUCUCUAGGUGGAUACUCGCGGCCUCCGCUCUCCGGAAGAUGGGUAACCAGCAGUGGUCGAAAUUAUGCACCCUUACUCAGCACCAUUUCCGAAAGGGGCACAGCCAGUCCUGUAAGAAUAGGUAGCCCGCGAAGAAUACCAAUUACAAGUAGAUCAUACCCGACUCCUAGUUACACGCCGCGGCCUAUCAAUAUCAACACUGCUGAUAUUGACGUGUCCAAAGAUAGAUACAGAAAUAAAAUUGAGAGCGAAACCCCUCCCGCUCCAUCCAUGGAACCGUCGCUUUCUAUAAAUGAUAACGGACCGUUUAUGCCACGAGUGGAUGGUAAACCAGAAACUGGCAUUGAUUCCUCACCGGGUUUGCAACGAAGUACAAUAAAACGUGGUCGAACGGUAGUAAGGCUUCAUACUCUAAAGAGGAAGGAAAGGGAAUCACCUCGAAAGCCACAAGGUGAAUCAACUCAAGAAGAAAAUGUUACUAAUAUCAAUGACACAGAUGCAGUGUCUAAAGACGACAUACUCCAAGAUGAGGAAGAGCCUUGGCGAUGGAGAGAUAAACUUUCAGAUGAUCUAAUUUAUAAAGAUAAAAGGGAAAAGAAAUCCCUAGGUGACAAACUAAAAGAAAAAUUUAUACUUAAAGACAGAAACGAAGACUCCACAUCAGCCGUUGAUAAAAACAAAUCAAAACAAGAUAAUUUAAAUGAUUUACCUGUGUCUUCAUUACCCGUUACCUAUCCAACUCUAAACCGUUCGCCAGAUAGGCGGUGCUCUAUAGAAAUGCUGGCUGAGCAAGCAAACUUAUUAGAUUCAUUAAUAAGGGGUGAGAAUCUUAGUACAGCUACUUUAGAUUUAACUAAAGUUGGUUUAUCUGAUGAGGACAAAAGUAAUUUCGAGCGACAACCGUCGGUUAAAAGAAGAAAGUCGAGCAGUGCGGAUAACCCAUUGCAGACAACGAAGUCUGACCAUUCAUUGCACGAGACUAUGAAAUCAUUCAAAGAUCAUAAAGAGCCAAAACAGUUCUCAAAAAGACGAAGUUUAAAGAAAUCUUCUUCGGGUAGUAGUAUUUGUCGGUUAGAUUCUAUUACAGAAUUUCCGAGGGAACUAUCGGCUAUCGAAGAAAGUAGACUAUCGAUAAAACGUGACAGUGAAAAAGCUAAAUCAAAUCCUAAAAUAAAGGCGAUUAUCACAUCUACAUCGGUGGAGGUAUCAGAGUCAAAAAAUCCGUUAAAAUUUAAAGUCGAAGACGUAACCGUAGAAGAGAAGCCGAGGACGCCCAAAAAAGAGAUAUCUUUUACUGCAAUUGUAGAAGAACCACCAGUGCCGAAUGAAGCGGGUGCUGAAAUAGAAAAUAAUAAAAACAUAUCUGAAUCUUUGUCAGAUACAAGGCAAGACAGUGACGUCGUUUCUUCGGAACCCGACGAAGGAAACUUUUGGGACAAAAUAGGUAAAAGAGAAACUGUUUAUUUGCGUAAUAGGCGGCAAUUAUUAGAAGAUUCUAAACAAAAGAACAGACGAGCUUUCUUGUGGUUUCCUGAAGAAGACGAAUAUGGACGCACCGACGAAGUAGACACUAGCAACAAAGACGAGAAUAAUAUAGUGUCUAGAGGAAAACCUAUAAGUAACGAUGAAAUAAAAGACAACCCUCUUACUAAAGUAGAACUCAUACCUAAAUUAGAAAUGAAUGAUUUUGCACAAAAAAAUAGUGACCUUAAAAAGCUUGAGUCAGAAAAAGAUGAAUUGAUUUCUCCUGUUUCAGAUACAAUCAAAAUACAAGAAAAGCUGAUGUAUAACAAGACAAAUGACAUAACAAGUGAAUUCGAGAAUAAUUCACCUAAACAACCUCUUCUUAGUUCUUAUGUCAAUACAGCAGGAAAAAACAUUGUUCAAAUAAAGGAGACGCACAAAGAAACCGAAAUUAAAUCUAAAAUAAAAGAUUUAUCUAAAGCACUUGAAACUGAACCAAACACACAAGAAAACGUUGUUAAGCCAACAGAUGCAGAGAACAGUAAAAUAGAAUCUAAAGAUAUUCACGACGGAACUAAACAUAAAAUACAAGAAAAUAUUAAACCAACAAAUAUAAUCCAAAACAAGAUAGAGUCAAAAGAUGUUCAUGAAGUUCAUGAAGAAAUUAAACCUAAAACUCAAGAGAAUAUUACUAAACCAAUAGAUUUCAUCAAAGACAAGACAGAGUCUAAAGAUGUUUAUCAUGGAAUGAACCCCAAAAUACAAGAGAACGUUACUAAACUUGCUAUCAAAGACAAAACAGAAUCUAAAAAUCAUGAUAGUCAAGAUAAAAAAGAAAGUAAAGAAAAAACUGAGAAAGUAAUAUCUAAGCACGUUUCACUUGAAAAAAAAUCCAGUGACAAGAUUAAAGAAAAACCUACAGCAGUAAAAAAUAACAAGGUUGAAGACAGAAAUAAUGUUAAGGCUGGAAGUGGUGAAAAGAAAAUAGUCAAUGAUGACAAAACAAGUAAAGUUGUUUCAUCUAAAGGAACAAUACUAGAAAAGUGCAUAUUAGAGGAUGUUUGUAAGGAAUGUGGCAAAAUUGUGGAUCCAGUAAGUUUGUCAAAUGAAAAGAUAUCAGAGUCAGAAAAUAAAGUUAAAAUACCUUCGUCAAAACAGCCACGAACAAACAGUGAUAAAAUUAAAAUAACUUCAAAUAUACCAUUUUCUGGAUAUAACAAAAAAUCUAUUAUAAAAAAACAGCGAACUAAUGUUGAAGAAGAACCAUCUAUAUCAAAAGAAGAUAUCUUUACUGACAAUAAAACAACAUCUGAAGAAAGAAAGGAAGUAAAUCAAGAUAAAGUAGAAGACAGUAAAUAUUCUAUAGAAGAAGUCAACAAAGAAACAGCACCUAGCAUACCAAUAAUCGUACAAUCAGAAAACAUUCCAAUACCAAACAAUGACGUUAAAACUGAACCUGUACAGGAACAGAAACCAGAAGGAGAGGAUAAAAAGGCUGAAAAUGUUUCACAAAAGGCGCAGAGCAAAGAUAUAAUUGAACAACCAUCGCCAGUUUCAAUUGUGAAAUUACCAUCUCCAAGGCGACCUGUUAAGAACGAGCCUGCUUUACGCCCACUCAUAGCGACUCCGCGUCCGCUUUUAAAGAGGACCCCUCAGGUGAUACAUUCAUCAAGUUCUUCAGAUUCAUCUUCUGAAGAAGAAGACUCUUCGGAUGAUGAUGACGCGGAUGAGUCUGACGCUAGUGAAGACUCUGCAGAAUUCUUCGAAUGUGAAAAUAAUACUGACGGGAGGACUUCAACGGGAUCCAACGACUCCGGAUUCGACUCUUCUGCUCCGACGUCGCCCUUGAAUUUCUCAAGCAUAAAGAAAGACUGCGAUGUGAACUGCCACCGAAAAUGUGAAAAAUUGACAGCGAACCUGUGCGGAGUGAACCAACGUCUUCUAGUGGAAGCUUUGGCAUCUAGAACAUCUUCUAAAGAGAAAGGUGGUGACGCAGCGGGGCCAUCGACUGGCACUCCUGUGCAAAACGCUCACGCCGACAUCAUAGAACAAGAACUUGAACAAUCGACGGCAUAUGAUUUGUUCCGGAAAACCGGUCGAUUCACGCCCCCCGCAAGGUCUAUCCCACGCUUCCGGAAGUACACGAUAGAGGACUUCCAUUUCGUCAAGGUGUUGGGAAAGGGCAGCUUCGGGAAGGUACUGCUAGCCGAGCUCCGCGAUACAGAGUAUUACUACGCGGUAAAAUGUUUGAAGAAAGAUGUGGUGUUAGAAGAUGAUGACGUAGAAUGUACUUUAAUUGAGAGGAAAGUCCUCGCCCUUGGCACUAAUCACCCGUACUUGUGCCAUUUGUUUGCGACUUUCCAGACAGAUUCUCACCUGUUCUUUGUGAUGGAGUACUUGAAUGGCGGAGAUUUGAUGUUCCACAUUCAGCAAAGCGGUCGGUUCCCUGAAGCGCGUGCCCGACUUUAUGCAGCAGAAAUUGUAUCUGGGCUUAAGUUCCUGCACAAAAGAGGAAUUAUCUAUAGAGAUCUUAAGUUAGACAACAUUUUAUUAGACUAUGAGGGUCACGUGAGGAUAGCUGACUUUGGUAUGUGCAAGUUACAAAUAUACUUGGAUAAAACCGCCGACACUUUCUGUGGUACUCCGGAUUAUAUGGCACCUGAGAUAAUCAAAGGACUUAAAUACAACCAAGGAGUGGAUUGGUGGUCUUUUGGAGUAUUAUUAUACGAGAUGCUGAUUGGACAGAGUCCUUUCAGCGGAUGUGACGAAGAUGAGCUCUUCUGGUCUAUCUGUAACGAGAUGCCGUCCUACCCGCGGUUCCUGUCGCAGGAAGCUUUGACCAUCUUGACAAGGUUGUUGGACAAAGAUGCACAGACGCGACUGGGCGGCGCAGAAUGCAUGUACGGCGACAUUCGAGAUCAAGAUUUCUUCCGACCCAUUCAUUGGGAUAGGCUUGAGAGACGAGAACUUGAAGCGCCUUUCAAACCCCGUGUGAGACACCCAAUGGACACACAAUACUUCGACCGAGUCUUCACUGGAGAGAAACCUCGACUUACUGCAGUUGAACCUCAGGUGCUUCGGUCUAUGGAUCAGCAACCUUUCAGGGGUUUCUCUUACACCAACCCCAAUGCCACAGAUCGUUAAGAAAAUUUAAAUAUAACUGUGGUAGUACAAUUUCGAUACGACUAUAAAAGGUGAGAGGUGCCAAGCCAUUACUCGAUUUAAAAGUGGGGCUGUCUAACUCUUAUUUUAUUGGUAGAUAUAUUCCAAUAGAAAAGUCGUUAACGUUCAAUUGGUCCGCUACGUAGAAGAUGAGAGAAGAGAGAGUUAGCGGUAUUGGGAAAGUGAAAAGUUAAGAAGGCAAAACGUAAUGGAAUUUUAUAAACUAUAAAUGCAAAAUGAUUACUUUAAUGACGAAUUUGUAACGGCUUUUAAUAAGCGAAAAUAAUUUACUUUGAUUUGAAAUGGUUUAAAAUAUGAAAUGAACAUCAAAUGUAUAACAAAUGCAUAUCAAUUAAUUAAUUAUUAAAGAUAAUUUGCAAUAUGUGUCUGGUACACAUUUUUUUAGAAUUAGUGAAGUAUUGUUGUUAAUUAGAUUUACAAGCGCCUCUUGGAGUUAAAUUCUUAUAUUUAUGAAUAAUGAUGUUUUAUUCAUGAUCAAAAUUGAAUAAAUUUACAUCUAGAUUAGUAAAACUCAAGGAAAUUUUUUCUGUACAGUAAAUUAAAAAAUAAUUUAUGUACAGAGUCGGUUUUAUUUCCUGUUUUGUUAUUGGAAUGUGACAAUUCAUGUAUGUAUUUCUACUAUUCUUUCAACGUACUCGCGCCUACUCUGUAGGUAACAUAUCUUUUAAAAAAGAUAGGAAAGGGAAUUUUUAUUUUCUAUUUCAUUUUAUUUCUUACUUUUCAAAAAGGUCUGGUUUAGAUAUAACAUUAUUUUGUAACAAUUCCAAAGUACAAUGUGAAUCUCAGUUGUCGAUCUAUUGUUAAUAUUUAUUAAAUUUUGUCUUUUGAUUACUAUUAAAAUGUAAAU